AUGGACGCCGGCUCCACCGGAAUCCCAGGUCUGGGAGGCGCCUGCGGGCCCCCCGCGCAGCCUCCACGUCAGCCAUUGGUCUGGGUCAUUCCACGGGUUUUCCAACAGGCUCCUCAGACUCUCGGCCUGAAGCUCCUGUCUCCUCAGCGCGCGAGCGUCGGCCACCGAGCAUCACCGCCCGGGGAGGCCCAGACCGGAAGCGCCCUCGGGACCCGCCCCCUGGCCGUCGGAGCCGGAAUCCUCACCAGCUCCAAGCACCGCUGCGUGGACAGCGGCGCCGCCUUCCUGCAGGGACUGUGGCAGCACCACCACCCCGGCCUGCCGCCGCCCGACGUCGCAGAUAUGGAGUGUGGACCUCCAAGAAUUAAUGAUAAACUAAUGAGAUUCUUUGAUCAUUGCAAGAAGUUUUUGACUGAUGUGGAAAAGAAUGCCACGGCUCUUUUCCACGUAGAAGCCUUCAAAACUGGGCCAGAGAUGCAAGACAUUAUUAAAAAAGUUGCAGCUACUUUAGAAGUACCAGUAAAUGAUCUAAAUGCAGAUUUAAUUCAAGUAGCCUUUUUCACCUGUUCAUUUGAUCUGGCAAUUAAAGGCGUUAAAUCUCCUUGGUGUGAUGUUUUUGAUAUAAAUGACGCAAAGGUAUUAGAGUAUUUAAAUGAUCUGAAACAAUACUGGAAAAGAGGAUAUGGUUAUGCUAUUAAUAGUCGAUCCAGCUGCAUCCUGUUUGAGUAUAUCUUUCAGCAUUUGGAUAAAGCAAUUCAACAGAAACAAAGGUCUCAGCCAGUUUCUUCUCCAGUCAUCCUGCAGUUCGGGCAUGCAGAGACCCUUCUCCCGCUGCUUUCUCUCAUGGGUUACUUCAAAGACAGGGAGCCUUUAACAGCUUUUAAUUACAAGGAGCAAAUGCAUCGCAAGUUCCGAAGUGGUCAUAUUGUCCCCUAUGCCUCAAACUUGGUAUUUCUGCUUUACCAUUGUGAGAAGGCUAAGACUCCCAAAGAAGAAUUCCAAGUGCAGAUGUUACUGAAUGAAAAGGUGUUGCCUUUUGCUCACUCGCAAAAGAAUGUCUCGUGCUAUGAGGAUCUGAAGAACCAUUACGAGGACAUCCUCACAGGUUGCCGAGAUGCUAGAAACUGA